GCGAGUUUGACAUUUCACAGCUGAUGGUCUCCUGAAAUGCGGUUUUUGUUUAUGUUCCGAAAUUUGUGUAUCUCCGCUGAAGAUUUUGCCGAUUUUCGUGAGCUGAAGAGCGUCAAUUAGGACACUCAUCCUCGCAUGCGCUAAUAACUGACGGAGAAACGUACAACUCUGUGUGCGAGCGAAAUUUACCUUUCACGAUCGUGCACGCAUCACGAGCUCUCUCGACGCCUUCGUGAGCAGAGCAGCGAACGAUCGAAUCGGGUUUUUAAAAAGCAUCCUUGUCUACGCCUCGAGCGUCAGUCUAUUUCGGACAGAACGCAGUGGAUUACUGGUGGCUUAAAAUAGCGCGUGGAUUGAUAGUAUUUCUUGAAACAUCUUAUCCUAAGGAUUUGGAAAGUGAUUUUCCCGUCUGUUUGGCAUCGAGUGUGAAGUGUGUUACUCUAUCUAACCGUGGCUACCUUAGUGGGAUCUUACCGGAACAACACCAUGGACGAUUCGAUUGACGAGGAUGUGAUCUCGGCAGGUGCGACCAUCACGGUGGAGUUUAGCGGUGGCGCCGAGACACUAUUUGGAGGAGUGAAGGAACAUGUAGUUCCGUUGGAUGGAUCCAAAAUUGUAUUGCUAGAGGAGAUGCUCCGAUGGCUUCGGGAUCACCUACUGACGGGUGACCCCGGUCUCUUCCUCCAGGACAAUACCGUUCGCCCCGGGAUCCUUGUGAUGAUCAACGACACCGAUUGGGAUUUGAUGGGUGAAACCGAGUACAUCCUGCAACCGGGUGAUCAUAUUUUGUUCAUUUCCACACUCCACGGGGGAUAAACCGUGCGGCCAGGGACUGGAAUCUGUGAUAAAUUAUCUUUUAUAAAGAGUAGUAAUUCAUCGAUGUUUGAAUGGCACACGACCCCUCCCCCGGGUCAAACGGUUGCUUGGCUAGAUUUGGCUUGGCUGCUCCUAUCGAGCUAACUGAUUAAUAUAAUCUUUUUAUUGUCUGGUAAGAGUUGAGGAGUAAACAGGAAAACCUCAUGUUUAAGAAGGCGCGCAUCAGUAUCUUUAUAUUUAAAUAUGAACCGAGGAAAAAAAUAAACGGAAAAAUAUACUAAUGCA